AUGGAUAUAACUUGUAGACUGCUAUUCGUAACUGUAUUCGCCAAUUUGCUCGUCGUAGUUCGCUUGUAUGAAGUGGAGAAAGUACCGCUUUAUAUCGGAGGUCUGUUUCCUUCGGACAUUCACGAGAGAUAUGGAGGGUUGAUAUCUACAGCAAUCGAAGCGAUUGAACACGUCAACAAUUGUAGUGAAAUACUAGCUGAAUACGAAUUGGUAUUAGUCUGGAGAAACACAAAGGUCGAUAUUGGACUGGGUCUGUACUAUGCUUACGAAUACAUAUACCACGGUCCACAGAUGAUUGCAUUGAUCGGACCCCUCAGCUCGUACGAGUCUAUAUCUGUCAAUCCAGCCAUUAAGUACUACCAUCUAGUUCAGCUCAAUACGGGACUUGCUCGAAUUCUUGGUGACGAACAGCAAUAUCCAUACACCGUGCAGAUGUACCCAGAAGUGGACUCAGUGGCCAGAGUGGCUCUUAUCAAACAUUUCAACUGGAAGAGAGUAUCCGUGCUUUACAGAGCUGAUGACGACUACUGGGAAAGCCUGGCUAGAGAUACUGUUGUUGGACUUGAGCAGGAAGGCGUGUCAAUAAUAUCUGUUGAAGCAGUUGGUGAAAAUGCGGAUGUAAACAUAUUAAAUCUCAAAAACCAUGAUGCCCGCAUUCUUUUCAUUCUUGGUUACUCUGAUCAAGCCGUAAAAUUUUUGUGUUCGGCGUAUAAACAUGGUCUGUAUGGCGAUAAAUACGUGUGGAUUAUGCCGGGUUGGUACUAUCCAAAUUGGUGGAAAAGCCUCGCUGAAGAUCUAACAGACUGUACCCCUGAACAACUUGACUUGGCAGUAGAGGGACAUUUAGGAAUAGAAGUGUAUCCUGUCACCACUGAUUUAGAAAAGUUGGAUUUCACUGUCCAGUCAGUUACCCACGACUUCAAAACAUACUUCGAGGUAUUGCGAGACCGUGUCUUGGUUGACUUCAGUUGGGAUCCCUUCGCCUACGAUAUGGUUUGGAUCAUUGCCCUUGCUUUACAUGCAACUGAAGAUAGACUGAACUCCAGCGGUUCUACAAAACGACUGAAAGAUUUCACAUACAAUGACAAAGAAAUUGCAGAUAUGAUAUACCAGGAAACCAAGAAAGUUAAUUUCUACGGUAUGACGUUCAAUGUGGAGUUUGAUGACGUUGCAUUAAGAAGAAGGACACCUCAUCUUAUUCAACAAUUGCAAAACGGGAAGGAGAUUGAAACAUGUCGAUAUAAUGUCAAUCCGGAUUCUUUAGAAUGUUUCGUACCAUUUACAUGGGACAUAGAGGGUCGUAGUCCACCAAUAGACGGUGCAACAGAAGUCAUCGUUGUUGUUUCUGUAUCACCUGAAAUACGAUAUUCAAUUUAUGGAUUGACUGUUUUCGGAAUCUUAUUGUCUUUAUUCUUUCUCUUCGUGAACUUAAAGUACAGGCAUACCAAGGUUCUGAAAAUGACUAGUCCUAUUUUGACGUCACUCAUACCUAUUGGAUGUAUAUUAGUCUAUUCGUCCAUAUUUGUUGCUGAUUUGGACCCAACACUGAUAUCAGAGGAAUUAAUGGGUCAUCUCUGUAAGGUGCAGUAUAACUCGACAUUCAAUCUCGUUAGUUCGUAUAGUGUUAUAUUCAUGUACGUCCAAAUUGGUCUCCUGACUAUCGGUAUAUCACUGUCGUUUGGUGCUCUGUUUAUGAAAACCUAUAGAGUUCAUAUCAUCUUCAACGUUGCGAUGAAAUCAUUCCGAACAAAAAAGGGUUUGCAGGAUAUCAAACUCAUUUCAGCUACAAUACUCUUUGCUUUGUUCGAUGCCAUUGUAUUAACGCUGUGGAUGACAUUAGACCCGUCCUAUAUCAUAACUGUCAAGUUCGAUCCUGUGCUAGAUAUGACGGAACCUGAAAAAGAAAUUUACAACGUCGCCGUGUUGAAAACAUGUUCCUCCAAAGAUGAACUGUAUUACGCGGUGGUAUUGGUUACAGUUAAAGUUGUAUUAUUGCUUUUUGGAGUAUUCUUAGCGUGGAAGACACGGCGAGUGGAAGUCCCUGGCAUGAACGAAAGUAGAUACAUCGCACUGUCAAUCUACAUUGUGGCGAUCACGUGUCUUGUGAGUGCAGCUGUAGUCUUCUUCAUGAAACAGAAUGUCGUGUUCACGUACACCUUUCUUGGUUCCGCUAUCUUAGUCUCCAACACUAGCGUCUUAUGUCUGAUGUUUGUCCCAAAGAUAAAAUUAUUGUACCUCACCGAUAAUACGAAAUCACAACGGUCUGGAAUGUCGAUGAAGUUAUCUGCGUUCGGAAAAUUUGGACAAAACGAUGACGAUAUUACAAAAUUAAAAUCACAGUUGAACAAGAAACGAAAACGUGAAGCCAGAACUCUAUAUCUCUUAGAUAUUUUUAAAGGAAAGACAGAUGGCUACGAUAUGCUUUAUAAUGUUUUAAAGGCAACCGGGCACUCCAGCACAGUCCUGAAGAUAUUGAAACCAGGUGUAGAAACAUCGGAAACGCCAUCACGUAAUCGGCUACGUUUGUUAUUUUUUACAGCAUCUACCUCCCCAGCUAAGCCGCCUGAUAAAGAUCAAGUACCGAAUUCUCCAGCUAAGCUGCCUGAUAAAGAUGAAGGUAAUGGCCCCAACGUAAUACUUAUAAUCGUUAAUCUCUUUUUAUUUGGGUGUAAAUUGUAA